CGGCUCCGGGGUUGGGGGGCGGGGGGAAAAUGGCGGCGGAACUGCUACUGCUCAGCGAAAUCGCCGAUCCGGCUCGUUUCUUUGCAGACAACCUGCUCAGCGCUGAGGACUGGGACCGCACCCUCUAUAAUUGCCUUGAUGAAGUGACUGAGGAGCAAGCUCAGCUCUUCAGAUGUCUGGAACAAGAUGUCCCGUUUGAUAGCGGCUCCCUGGACAUGGGCAUGGACAUCACCUCCCCUGAGCCCCCAUGGGACCCACUGCCCAUCUUCCCAGACUUACAGGUGAAGUCAGAACCUUCUUCCCCUUGCUCCUCCUCUUCUCUCAGCUCCGAGUCAUCACUUCUCUCCACGGAGCCCCUUGGCCAGGCCUCUGUGGGAGAAGAGGUACUUGGUGUGAAGAUAGAAUCUCCUAGCCCUCCACACUGCCUCUUGGGGAAUGUUCUGAAACCUUCAUUUGGAGCUAUCCAGAUUAGUGUGGGCCUCACCCCAGAUGACCCCUCAGAUACACAGACCAAGACAGAACCCAUUUCACCUUCUUCCCCUCUUAGCUCAGAGGCCUCAUUGCUCUCCACAGAAUCCCCCAGUAAGCCUCUUGUAGAAGAGGAGGUGUUAGGAGUAAAGACAGAAUCACCAGCCCCUCAACUCUGCCUUCUAGGGGAUGUCCUGACUUCCCCAUUUGGAUCAGUCCAAAUUAAUGUGGGUCCAGCCCCUGAUGCUUGCUCAGGAAAGGCCCCACCCCAUCGGAAGCCACCACUGCAACCGAAGCCUGUUAUGGUGACAAAUGUCCCACUGCCUCCCCGAAAUUCACCUCCUAGCACCACAGUCUUGUUGCAGCCCCUAGGCCAGCCUCCACCAGUCCCAUCUGGGCCUUCCGUAGUCCUUUUCCAGGGCCCUGUUCAAGUACAGCCACCUGUGGGGGAGGGGCCAGCUCCCCCCACCCCCCGAUUGGAGAGGAAGAGCAUUGUGCCAGCUCCCAUGCCUGGGACUCUAUGUCCUCCAGAGGUGGAUGCAAAGCUGCUGAAGCGUCAGCAGCGGAUGAUCAAGAACCGUGAGUCAGCCUGCCAGUCCCGGAGGAAGAAGAAGGAAUAUCUGCAAGGGCUGGAGGCUCGGCUCCAAGUGGUCCUUGCAGACAACCAGCAGCUCCGCCGUGAGAAUGCAGCUCUCCGAAGACGGCUGGAGGGGCUGCUGGCAGAGAACAGUGAACUAAAGUUUGGGUCUGGGAAUAGGAAGGUCGUCUGUGUCAUGGUCUUCCUCCUCUUCAUCGCCUUCAACUUUGGGCCUGUGAGCAUCAAUGAAUCACCUCCAGCUCCAGCCUCACCUCCGAUGGGCAAGGAAGAGUCUUGGCCCCAGAGGCACCUCCUAGAGUUCUCAGAGCAAGGGGUAAUUCCUGGGGAGGACACCCAGGGAACACCGCUGGGCCACAAGGAAUCACAGCCUAGGCCCCCUGGCCAGUCACAUUUCAAGAACCUAACAACCUUUCCCAAGGGAGCCAAGGAACUGUUGCUGAGAGACUUAGACCAGUUUUUCCUCUCCUCUGACUGUCGUCACUUCAACCGGACUGAGUCUCUCCGGCUUGCAGAUGAACUUAGUGGCUGGGUCCAGCGACACCAGAGUGGAAGAAAGAAGAGUCCUCAGCCCCGGAAGGUCAGGGAAAAACAGAAGUCUCACCAGUGGAAGAAACCACCUUCAGCCUGGUCAGUCCCUCCUCGGCCCUCUGGCCCCCUUGAAAGGGACUCUGUGAGCCAGCUGCAGCUGUAUCACCACCCCAGACGUCCACAGCCAGAGUUCCUAGAUGCCAUUGACCGUCGGGAAGACACAUUCUACGUCGUCUCCUUCCGAAGGGAUCACCUGUUGCUCCCAGCAAUCAGCCACAACAAGACUUCUCGCCCAAAGAUGUCUUUGGUGAUGCCAGCCAUGGCCCCCAAUGAGACCCUGUCGGGCCGGGGCAAUACAGGGGACUAUGAGGUGAUGAUGCAGAUCGAAUGUGAGGUCAUGGACACCAGGGUCAUCCACAUCAAGAGCUCCACAGUGCCCCCCUCCCUUCGAAAGCAGCCUCCCCCCUCCCCUGGCAAUGCUUCAGGCAACCCCUUGCCUCCUCCAGCACCCAGCUCUUCUAGGCAAGCUCCUCACCAGCCCUUCUACCUCGAUCACCCCUAACAGCUCUAGCUUGCACUGACUUAAAGCUGAGAAUGUGGUGGGGUGUACCCUCCAUUUCUCUAAUCCAGGGCUUGGCAUGAAUAAGGCACUUAUUUGGGGGUGGGACUGUCCCC